UCGUCUUCUGUCUGUUCUGGUUUCUCAAUCGCUCCAUUACCACACACGUUUCACUCCUUCCUUCGUUCCUUGAGCGCGCUGGUUCGUUUCGCUCUGGUAGUGCACAGUUCCCUUUUCGUUUCAGCAGGCUGUGCUUUGGGGAUACCAGUUCUUUCGCUUCGAGUCGCUCCUUUCAAGGCUUUGAUGAAAAAUCAUGAAGUCCGGACAAGUUGUCGCUGUCGCGGCUUCCAUUCUUUGCCAUGAGACUCUGGUCCUAGCGGCGCCAUUGACACUGGAAGAUGUCCUGGAGAUCUCGACUUUGGGUGGAAUGACGUUCAAGAUCAGCCAGGUGCCAAAUUCGAGAUAUACUGGCAUGAAGAAGGGAAGGGGUACAAUGGCCAUUGCUAGAGCCUAUGCGAAGUUUGGGGCUGCUGUACCUGAUGAUCUGCAGUCCCUCAUUGACCAGAUACUUGCAGAACUGGGGCUGGUUGGGAACAACGGUAACAAUGGAGAUACAGACGAUGAUUCUCAGGGCGAGGUGGCUGCUGUUCCUGAGGCGUUCGAUACAGAAUACCUCUGUCCAGUUCAGAUUGGAACACCGCCGCAAACGUUGAACUUGGAUUUUGAUACGGGAUCGUCUGACCUGUGGGUUUUCAGCAGCGAAACACCUCAGGCCCAGGUCGCGGGACAGACAGUCUACCAAAUCGACCAGAGCUCGACUGCACAGCUCAUAGACGGAGCGGCAUGGUCGAUUUCUUACGGCGAUGGUAGCAGUUCGGCUGGUGCUGUUUAUCUAGAUACUGUCACGGUAGGUGGUGUCACGGUAGACAGCCAGGCUGUUGAGUCAGCACGUAAUGUCUCCGCUUCAUUCACUUCGAACCCUAACUCGGAUGGCCUGUUAGGUCUGGCUUUCAGUACCCUCAACACGGUGACGCCCAAUCAGCAAAAAACCUUCUUCGAUAGUGCCUUGACCGAUUUGGCAUCGCCUCUGUUCACAGCAAACUUGAAGAAAUCGGAGGCAGGAAACUACAACUUCGGUUUCAUCGACAAGACCGAAUUCACCGGCGACAUUUCCUUCGUCGCCGUCAACGUCUCAUCCGGUUUCUGGCUCUUUGAGUCUGAAGGCUUCGCUGUCGGCACCUCAGGGACCGUCUCCGCAGCACACCAAGCCAUCGCAGACACAGGCACAACGUUGAUGCUGCUUCCGCAGGAGAUAGUCGAUGCGUACUAUGCUCAAGUGGAGGGAGCCCAAAACGCCGUUGCAACGGCUGGCGGAUACGUAUACCCGUGCACUGCGACGCUGCCUGAUUACACGGCGAUGAUUGGCGAUUAUCAAGCUGUGAUUCCGGGCGACUUCGUUAAUUUCUCCCCGGUUGAUGGAGACACGUUCGAGGAGGCAACGACUUGCUUUGGUGGCAUCCAGGCUAUCACUGCGGGGAUUCCUUUCGCCAUUUACGGAGACAUUUUCUUGAAGGCGCAAUUUGUGGUUUUCCAUGGUGGAAAUGGCCAGCUUGGAUUUGCGAAUAAGCCUCUGUGACAUGCCCAAGAGAAGAGAGAGAAUUGAAUAGGAAAUAGGAAUAAUAGGAUACCAAUAAGAUAACCAAAAUUCGGUAUUCCGCUCGCCAAAGUUGACUAGGACAACAAAUACCUAAGGCUAAACCAGGCUACUGGCCACAAAAACGUCACCUUCCGAAGCGCAUCAAACUAGAAGGCC